AUGGCUACAGCGUACUGCCCUCGCAACACAUACUGCACCGAUGUCGGAUGCUGCUCUAUAUUUUAUACACUUAAACAAUGCGGUGGGCAUGAAGUCCAGAAUUACGAAUCACCGGGACAAAAAUCCUCAACCACAAGGAUAUCAUCUUCCACAUCCUUUUCUUCAUCGUCUACAAGUUCCAUGACGUCUGGCAGUGCACAAGCUACCAGUGCUGGUAACUCAAACGAAAAAAACGAAGGAAAUGGUGUAUCAAAAAAGAUUAGUGCUAUCGUUGGAGGUGUUGUCGGCGGUCUUGCUGUCGUUGGGGCAGUGAUUAUCGGAGUUGUAUGGAUGGUUCUUCGAUCAAGAACCACAGCCACUCCAGCACUACCUGCAGCUGUUAGUGAAGGUCAAUACAACAAUCUAGACUUGAAAGGACAAGCAUACGAAAGUGAUGGGUCGGGAAGAGUAAUUUCAAGAUCAGUAAUGGGAUUUUAUGCACCUUCCACUGCUAUAUCUUCUAUAGAGGCUGCUCCAAAUACCCCUUCUUAUGCUCUACCUGGACCAAGAAGAGUAACGGAACUUGAUGCUGAGGGGAUAUAUCGUAUGAAUCCGGCGUCUGCUUCCACUGUUGAUGCUAUAACGAGCAUCUCAGGUGAAGCAAAAUAG